AUGUCGCUGUUCUUAUCCGAAAAGGAGCCGUUGUUGGCAAGAACCAGAAAGUUGGAGGAAGAGGAUGAAAUUUCAACUCAUACCAUUCUGUCUCAUUCCUUUUUCAAAUCAAUGUUCAAUCCCUUUCAAGUUUGUUUUCCCACAACUGUGAGGCAGUCGGAGUGCAACACAAAUGUCCACAAUGAUAACGAAGUAAUUGACUAUUCGGAUGAUGAUGAGCCUUUACCGGAAUUGCCUACCGAUCUGAUUUUACUUGCCGUGUCCAAGCUUAGUCCGGGAGAGAAAUUGGUUGCAUUGAGGCAGCAAAUGCGUAAACACAAUAUCGGAGUGUAUAUCAUUCCUUCAGAGGACGAGCAUCACUCGGAGAAUACCGCUUUGUCGGACAGAAGACGGGAAUUCAUAUCAGGCUUUACAGGAAGUGCUGGUGUUGCUAUUGUAACUUUGGCCGAUGCCGAACAUCUCACAGGGGAAGCGAUCUUGUCGACUGAUGGGAGAUAUUUUUUGCAAGCACAGAAACAGCUUGACCACAAACUUUGGAAGUUGAACAAACAAAACACUUCAGGGUAUAUUCCCUGGCAGCAGUACGCCAUCAAAGCAGCGGUUGCUAAUAAUUUUAGUAACGUCCUUUCGUGUGAUCCAAGGACUCUCAGCUAUUCUUUAGGAGAGUACUUUAAUGAUAAUGCUUCAGAUUUUGUGUUCAAGCCAUUACCUGGCACAAACCUUGUGGACUUGGUUUGGGGAUCUGAAAAACCAAAGAGAUCGUUGGGACCUAUUUAUGAAUGGAACUUGAAGUACAGUGGGGAGCAUGCUAAUGAGAAAAUUAAAAGAGUUCGGUCGGUUUUGACUGAAAGGGGGGGCACGCACUAUUUGGUGACUGAACUUGAUAGUGUUGCAUGGUUGUUUAACUUACGAGCAGACACUGAUAUACCCUUUGCUCCUGUAUUUUUCUCGUACACUAUAAUCACAAGAUCCGAGGUAAUUUUAUACGUUGACCACCAAAAAUUGGAAAAUAGUGGUUCAGAUUUGAAAAAGUAUUUGACAACGAUAGAUGGCCUAACUAUUGCCGAGUACGCUGAAUUUUAUCAUGACGUAUCAAAAUUGCAAGCAACGAUUUUUGAUCCCGAACUAAAGAUCAUUCUUCCUACCAAAGAAGUCACUUCGUGGGCGUUGUAUGAUACGAUUCCUGACUCGUUCAGUAAAAGGCGUAUCAUUCAUGAGUCAAUCAUCGCAAACCUCAAGAUUUUCAAGAACAAGACUGAAUCACACAACGCAAAACUUGCGCAGUAUAAGGACUCGCUUGCGUUCAUUAUUUUUACCUCCUGGCUAGAGCACCAAUUACUCAAUAAACACGUGAAAGUUACUGAAUAUGAUGCGUCCCAGAAAAUAUACAGUAUAAGGAGAAGAUUGCCGAAUUUCAAAGGUUUAAGUUACGAAACAAUCUCCCUGACAGGUCCAAAUGCAGCAGUAAUUCACUAUUCUCCGACGAAAGGCCAAAGUGAAGUAAUCGACCCGAGGAAGGUAUACUUGUUGGAUUCGGGGGCACAUUACUUGGAAGGGACUACAGAUAUCACGAGAACUUACCUAUUCGACAAGUCUGCAAUAACAAAUGACUUCAGAAAGUACUACACUCUAGUAUUAAAAGGUCAUUUGGCCGUCGCUACGGCAAAGUUCCCUGCAGGAUCAAGGGGAACAGGAAUCGUUUUGGAUUCGUAUUCUCGUCAACCAUUAUGGAACCAUGGGCUUGAUUAUGUACACGGUCUAGGACACGGGGUUGGAAGCUUUGGAUUGGUCCACGAAGGGCCUUUAUAUAUCCUGCCAACAAUCAACGAUACAGACAAACUUGACUUGUUCCAACCUGGAGCCAUUCUCACAGAUGAGCCAGGGUAUUACAUAGAUGGAGAGGCUGGUUUCAGAAUCGAAAGCGAACUUGAAGUGACCGAGUUUGAUGAUUCAUUUGGGAAAACCAAAAAUGGGGACAAGUUUUUGGGAUUCGAAUAUUUGACAAAAGUUCCAUUUGCUAGUCUGUUGAUAGAUACAACUUAUUUGACUCAAAUUGAGAUACAAUGGAUCAAUGAUUAUCAUCAAAGUAUUCGACAUGAUUUUGGCGAAAAGUUAUUAGAAUUGAACAACAAGCGUGCAUACAAUUGGUUGUUGCGUGAGACAAGCCCCAUUUCUUGA